GCAGUGAAGUCCGGCGCCAAGCACCAGAAACACGGGCACAGUGUGGACGUUUUUAUCGGGACGAGGUGUAAUUUUCUCAAGCACUUGCACACGUUACCGGGAGAAGGAACAACAACAACAACUCCCAUCUUCACAAAGAAAGAAGAAACAUUACAGCCGAGGUACAUUGACAACGAAUGUCCCAGGGAACGGAUGCGUGAGGACAUGUCCACUAUGGUGUGCGUGAAGGAGGAGGAGGACCUGGGAGAGAAGCUGUCCCAGGAGGAGAUCAUCUCCCGGACCAAGCAGGUGAUCCAGGGGCUGGAGGCCCUGAAACAGGAGCAUCACUCCAUCCUGGACGGCCUGCUGGGCACGCUGCGCUGCCUCAAACAGGAUGAGGAGGGUGUCCUGGUGGAAGAGAAGUCCCACAUGAUACGCAAGUCUCUAGAGAUGCUGGAACUUGGACUGAGUGAGGCUCAGGUGAUGAUGGCCCUGUCGAGCCACCUGAGCUCGGUCGAGUCUGAGAAACAAAAGCUGCGGGCUCAGGUACGCCGGCUCUGCCAGGAGAACCAGUGGCUGAGGGACGAGCUAGCCGGGACGCAGCAGAAACUGCAGAAAAGUGAGCAGUCUGUGGCCCAGCUGGAAGAGGAGAAGAAACACUUGGAAUUCAUGAAUCAACUUAAAAAAUAUGAUGAGGACCUGUCCCCCUCGGAGGAAAAGGAUUCUGACUCCACUAAAGAAACUCUUGAUGAUCUCUUCCCAGAUGACCAGGAUGACCAGGCUCCUGGCAUCCAACCAGCUCAUGGCAGUGCUGCGGCAGCCGCUGCCCAGCAGGGAGGCUAUGAGAUCCCGGCUCGUCUGAGGACUCUUCACAACCUGGUGAUCCAGUACGCCUCCCAGGGCAGGUACGAGGUGGCCGUGCCCCUCUGCAAACAGGCCCUGGAAGACUUGGAGAAAACCUCUGGCCACGACCACCCAGAUGUAGCCACCAUGCUUAAUAUAUUAGCUCUUGUUUACAGGGAUCAGAACAAAUACAAGGAGGCUGCUAACCUGCUGAAUGAUGCUCUGGCAAUCAGGGAGAAGACCCUUGGCAGGGACCAUCCAGCUGUCGCUGCCACUCUAAAUAACCUGGCUGUUCUGUAUGGGAAGAGAGGGAAGUACAAGGAAGCAGAGCCCCUAUGCAAGAGAGCGCUGGAGAUUAGAGAAAAGGUUCUGGGCAAGGACCACCCAGAUGUCGCCAAGCAGUUGAACAACCUGGCCCUGCUGUGUCAAAACCAGGGCAAGUACGAGGAGGUCGAAUAUUAUUACAUGAGAGCACUGGAGAUCUACCAGACCAAACUGGGCCCCGACGACCCCAAUGUGGCCAAAACCAAGAACAACCUGGCGUCAUGUUACCUAAAGCAGGGCAAGUUUAAGCAGGCUGAGACUCUGUAUAAAGAAAUCCUCACCAGGGCUCACGAGAGAGAGUUUGGCUCCGUUGACGAUGAGAACAAGCCGAUCUGGAUGCAUGCAGAGGAGAGGGAGGAGCAAAGCAAGGGAAAGCAAAAGGACAGCUCACCAUUUGGAGAAUACGGAGGCUGGUACAAAGCCUGUAAAGUUGACAGCCCCACAGUUACAACCACCCUGAAGAACCUGGGAGCCCUCUACAGGCGGCAGGGCAAGUUUGAGGCAGCUGAAACUCUGGAGGAAGCAGCCAUGCGUUCCAGAAAGCAGGGCCUGGACAACGUUCACAAGCAGCGCGUGGCCGAGGUCCUGAGUGAGCCCGAGGCCCGCGAGAAGCAACGGAGCCGCGAAAGCCUGACCUCCGACACAGUGAAGUACGAGAGCGGGCCAGACGGUGGCGAGGAAGCAUAACCAGAUGCCUUGCUAUGGUUCUAAAAACUUGUCUUCUGCAUGAUGGAUGCCUCGCCUCAACCCCCUUCAGCUUUGCAGUUCUCUUCGACUCUGACUCCCCCUGUCCUUUCUCUGCUGGGAUUCUUCAUGUCGUGUUAAGCCAGAACAACAUUUCAUCUUAAAACGACCCCCUUAAACCCAUUCCGCUGUGCAUCUGCUCUGGAACUGAUGAAGUGUUUCUUUUCGGCAACAAAACUAAAGCUUCUUGAUUUGAUUUCUUCUUCUUCUUUCCCUUCUUCCUGUUCUUCUUUCCCUAAUUCUACUACUCUUGUUUCCCUCAUUCUCCUAUUUUCAAGUGUGUCGAACUUGUGCUUUGUGACUAAUUCGAUAUAAUGUUUGGGAAAUUGUGUUAGGGUGUCGACGCUAUAACCAUAAAACAAAAUAUUCCUCACCCCGUUUUUCAAACUGACCUUUAACCCCCCCCCAGUUUGGCUAGGUCCCUAUAAUGCUAUGGCUGUGUUUAUCUUUCAGCUCAUCAAAAACCUUUUUUUCUGUUUUAAAUUCAACAUUGUAAAAUCAGGCCUUUCGGCAAUGGUGGCAAUGUUAACCAGAACAGGAGGAUUUUGAUCUAUUUGGUGUAGUGAGAAUGUCAAAAGGUCCAAGGGCCAGGGCAGAACAAGCAUAAUUUGAUAUGAGAUAAUGUCAAACUGAUUUAAAAAAAACAAAAACAAAAUAUGUGGGUUCUCACAACAGCUCUCUGCUAAUUCCAGCCCCUAUGCACCAAGUCUCCUACACUUAUGAACACAAAACAUUUUCAUCUCCAGGUCAGAGAUGGUCAAAGAAAAUGUUCUGUCUCCGUCACCCCGGAGGGUUCAGAAAGCUUUCAUCCCCCUUUCAUUAAUGUAGUUUUUAAAUCAGCAGUAACAUUUGAUAUCUAUCGUGGUGAAUCGGAACAUCUCACACGCUUAGUGACUCAACACACUGUAAAUACCCAUCCACGUCACUCAUCAGCAUGACGAGGAACGCUGUCGAUUGUAGCUCUGUAGGUCUCAGCUCCUAUUAGAGUGUAGUCACUUGAACUAUGUUGUAGCAUCAGUAAUAGGACACCGGGGUGGUCACAGGACUCAUGCAUGAUGAAAGUAAAUGUAGACCCGAUGAUUUCUCAAUAAACGUCAGACUGUGUUGAUUUAAAAAUGGCCGCUUUUUUUUUUUUGUUAAAGCUGCUUUCACUGGGUGCGCACUGCCUGUUUACCUUCUGUUCAUCUCUGUAUAUAGAUGUUAAGUGGUGGUGGAGGGUGAAGUGCAUUUGGUGUGAAGAAGCACUGUUUUGAAUUUAGACUUUAGUCUCCUCGUGAGUCUGUUUUUCAGCUCUUGCUACUAAUCUCCCGUGUCCUGUCCGGUUUGUGCAUCUUACAGUUAUGUCUUUCUUAACUUCUAAUAAAAGCUAAACUCUCUGCUCACCUCAAGCUGUGCCUGUCGCCUCUUUGUGUCUUCCCUUUCCUUUUUUGUGUUCCUUCAUAACUGAGUGAGCUCUAAACCUCAGCACGGCUCAGCAGCAGCAACACACAAAGCCAAUUACUGCCCAACAGGAACCCAGGAGAUCCACUAACGGUGUUGAAAACAAAACAAAACAAAACAAAAAACAUUAAAAAAAAUUGCAUAUCACCACAUAUUUAAGACAAACAAGUGAUGAAGGUCUUGAUUGAAUAAAAAUAAUUGAAAAAGAAAUUUGACUAAAUCCACAGUGAGUAAAGAGUCUGAAGUCAGCACAUUCUUUGAAUUGUGUGAAAGUUUUCUCAUCAAAAGCGAACAAACAAUGAUUCAAUCAGUAGAAGUUUUAUGGUUGCUGCCAGGAAAUAAAUUGCAAUUUUUGUCAACUGUUUCUCAUGAAAAAGGCUUCGCACAAUACCUGGCUGCCUAAAACACAGCUAGUUUUAUUCUUUUCCACCAUAUCUUUUAUAAUUCAAAACAAUUGUGAUGCGCCCUCGCAGGCUUCCUUGGUUGAAUUUCCCCCCUUUUGAAAUUAAAAGCAAAUUUUUAGGGGUUUGUCUUGUAUGAGAUGCAUUUUAGUAGGAAGCGAUAAAUUCAAGGUCUUUGCCCCGUUCUCCGAUGUUUUUAUCACUCUCUGUACUAGCAGAGUUAUUAUUAGGAAAAGGUAAAGGUAAGUCAAGCUUUGCUAGACAGACACAAAGAUUCCCCCAGAUCCUCAUCCGACAACUAGUUAAACCUCGAAAAAGCAACUCUAUUGGAUACCAAAGUUAAGUUUGCUUGCUGAUGGUAUCGUUUAAAUGCCUAAUUUUUAUAUAUAUUUGAGAGUAAAUGACCCACUAUUCGUCCAUUUUAUGAUGUAAGAAAGCAGCAGCACCCCAUUUCUGAACUGAAAUGUAAAACUCGGUGCAAAGAUUCGGGAACCAGUUUGUAAAUCUGUGUCCAACUGAACUCUACUUACUUGCAUUGUGAGAUUGCUCGUGUUUAUGCACAUCUGCCAGUGUGUGCCAGUGAAACUGAAAUGAAUCCAUGUCAGUAGCCCUGCUAGCAUCUUUUGCAUUGAUUAAUCCAGUUAUGUCAAGCAUGAGAAAUGUGGCCUCAGCCGAAGACUGACCCCCCCAAGAUAAAAGAAUCCGGUAGCAGAGAGGCCAGAGAUCUCUGUGCCUUUGCUCACAUGUAUUCUUAUUUAAUAAUGACUGCAUCAGCAUUGAAUGUCCCGGGGUGUAAAACGUGUGACCUGUCCCACCAG